GUCUAUGGGACCUGGCGACACACACGUACGUUUCUACAAGUCUUGUGCCACACGGAAAUCUACCGAUCAUGUAUUUUCAUCAGCUCGCAUUCUUGAUCGUAGCAUUCAGUUCGGUUGCAAUGUGCGACGUCGAGAGACUGUGUUCAUUGGAAAAUGUCACCCACUUUUUACAAAAUACAUACGCAACGGUGAAGAAAGGCGAUAAACUGGAUAUUAAAACAUUACCGCAGGACUGCGAAAAUCAGUAUAAUUUAACAGUUACAUUCAUGGGCAAUGUGUCUAGGAUGAAUACUACGGAUUUUUCACCAUUCACACGGCACAUUUGCAAUAACUUUGAGAAGGCCAACAAGUGCAUACGCAUCAUCAUCAAAGAUGUUGUCGGCUGCAAGGAUACCGAUUUGAUAUAUCCACCUCAUGAAAGAUUAUUUUACUACAUGAUGUCGGGUUACCCGACAAUUAUCCACAAAAUUAACUUCCGUGAACUGUACUUCCUUGCGGAUGCCGUGCUUGCUGUCGCACGAGAGGCAUGUGGAACUAAACCGUUUUCUCUACUAACAACUCCAGGGGCGUUGGAAGCCGCUCAGUGCGUUUCAAAUUCGUUCGACGCCAUAUUCGGACGACGGUACUAUCAAGGUUCUCCUGACACUGACCUACGACGACUAAACAGCUUGGUCGAUCUUCAAAUUAUGGCAACCAAGCUAAUGGCCAUCGAUCUUAACAUGGAUGGUAAACCGUUAAAAGAGCACCAGUGCCAAUCACUCGCAGAGGUUUUGGGCGGUUUAAACAAGAUGUUCACCCACUCCAGCUGCGAGCAAUUAAAAACCCAAAUCGCCAAAGCCGGCUCUACAUUAGUUAAAAAUUUGUGUGCGACUGUGCCAGUAUCACUAAGUUCCGCAGCAGACGAUAACAGCGUCAUUAGCAUUUGGUUGAUGCUAACCGGUGCUAUCGCUUCUCAUUUGUGGUAAAAUGGUGAGCACCCGCGUUCGCGAAAAGAGUUUUGUUCAGUAUCAUCAUAAAAAAACUAGCUAUAAAAAUAAAUCACUGUACCUUGUGAACUCAACUAUUGAAGUCGGGCAGAAGGCUGCUUCGCGAAUCAAUCACUGGCACGUUGCAGCGCACACCGAAAGGUCAGUCACCAACUAAGUUGCAUUAGCUUCUGAUGAGCGAAUUCAUAUUUUUUCCUCUUUGAUGCCGGUAAAUAUUAAUCACGCAUGAUCGUGUAUUUUUCAUCAAUAGAAAAUCGUUUCGAUUCUCGCAUAUGAAGGAUUUUUCACUCAAAAGGGCCGGAAACACUAGGCGAUUAAAUCGGGCGACUAAAUCGGGCGAAUCAAUCGCCGGUGAAAUCGCCUAGUGUGUCUACUCAAUCGCCGCCGAUUUAGUCGCCCGAUUUCGUCGCCCGAUUUAAUCGCUUAAUCAUAAUAAAUGAUCAUAUAUAAAUAUCAUGUUUAGAUAAGUCAUUUCAAUUCGAUGACUAUUCCUUUUUAAAAGUACUGUUAUUACUUCCUUAUACUGUGCAACAGCCCAUUUUUAGGUUGAUUAGGUUAUUUGGGUUGUUUUAGUUUGUUUAGGUUAGAUAACCAGGUUAUUUUUGAACAGGACUCAUCAUAUGAUAAGAUAUGACUCUGGUAGAUUAUGGGAGAAACAAUGGUGCGAUGAUAGUAGCGCAUCUACCCAUAGCUUGUAUAAUAUACAGUUAUAUAAAUAACAUCCAAAAACGGAGAUUUCAUCAUUUAUAUUGUGAAAAGGCGAAUGAAACAGAUCGACGAAUGAACCACGAAUUGAUCUGGAAAUUGUAUGUGAUGAUAUAUCUGCCAAUUUAGAUAAUUCUCGUAAACGUGAUCGACGCUGGCAUUAGUUUAGCUUAUUGAUGGUGUCAGAUAGGAUGUACUAGCCUCUCAAGAGAUCAGUCUAAUCAUUGUGUUGCCUGCAAACAAUGUAGAUAGCCUGGACGAUAAAUAAACUAUAGUAAAUAUUUUCUCGUAUGCUAUUAGAUUUAAAGGUGACCAGUCUUUUGACGUCUUUCACGCACCGCGCAUUAAACAGCUGGGUAUAUUAACCCUUUACCUAAUAUUAACCCUAGUAAAGCAUGUAAUUAUA